CAGCGGGGAGAAAGAUAGGAAGGAACGGCGGCGAGCGCGGAAGUGUGCCGGCCGUCGAGCUGCUUACCAGAAGGGGUGCGAAAAAGCGGGCAAGCUGCGCCGGAAGGGGGUAGCCCGGGCUUCUCGCGAAGGCCUCAAAAUUUCGGACGAGACGGCGGCCCUGGACCUACGUGCCCAGACGCAAACCCAACCCGACUUUGGCUUGGAUCAUCACCAGCAGCAACAUCACCAUCAACAGCAGCAGCAGCAACAACAACAGCAGCAGCAGCAGCAUCAACAACAGCAGCAGCAAGGCCAAAAUCCAGAGUCGCGUCCACACCAUCACCUUCAGCAGCAUCAUCAUCAGCAUCACCCCGGAAAUCAUCUCCACUCUGGCGAUUCGGGGGGUGGGAUAGGAGGUGGAGGAGGUGGCGGUGGAGCAGGUGGAGGUGGCGGUGGCGGUGGCGGUGGCGGAAGUGGCGGCGGUGGAAGUGGCGGUGGUGUUGCUGGUGUUGCUGGAGGAGGAACGGCCGGGUCCGAGACGGACAGAGCCGUUAGGAUCCACGACGAAGACGACGAGGACAUCACCGAGAGGGAGGACGAAGAGGAGGACGAGGAUCCUUGCAGCACGCCAGAACCGGACCUCGAGAACGAGCCGGAACCCAUGGAGGUCCAAACAUCGGCCGUCACCGCGGCGGCCGCGAACCUUCACGCGCUGCGACAGCAUGUCUUUAAGAUGUCCGAUUACUGGCAGCAACCACAACGGGGGCCGCCCCAGCAUUCGCCGGGGAUACAGCACAGCCCUAUCUCGAAUUCGACUCAGCAACAGCAACACCAGCAACAAGUGCAGCAGAUGCACAGCCCGCUCGGGCAACAGCAGCAGCAGCAGCAGCAGCAACAACAGCAACAGCAGCAGCAACAGCAGCAGCAGCAGCCGAACGUGUCCCAGGUACAGCAGAGCGCCAACUCGGGAUUAGGGCAAACCCCUAGCCCGCAACAACAAAUGCAGCAACAACAACAGCACGCGAUGUCCAUGGGCCAGCAAACGGCUCAAGGAGCGCAACAUCAGUCUUCCCCGGCACCGACCACGCCGUCGCCUCAAGCGGAUCAUCAGAGCGCCAUCGCGUCCAGCAUGGCACAGAGUCUUCACAGCUUGGCGCAGGUACAACAGUCCAUGUCUCAGGCGUCGAGUCCGUCGCUGGCCGUCCAGGCGGUCCAGGCGGCUCAGGCGCUCAACCAAAACUUAGGACAAGCGCUUACGCAAGCGCUCACGCAGAACAUGCAACAGAACCUGGGGCAAACGUUGCAGCACAAUCUCGCGCAGAGUCUGACGCCGAGUUUGUCGCCGCAGCAACAGCAACAGCUGCUGAACCAACCGCAGAAUCUCAGCCAGGCGAACCAAAAUCUACAGCAGAACAUCCAGAGUCAGGCGCAGAACCUGUCGCAAACGUUGCAGCAGCAGGCGCAAAACCUGUCGCAGAACCUCGGCCAGAGUCUCAGCCAGCAGGCGUUACAACAACAAGCGCAGAACUUGUCGCAGAAUCUGCAACAACAGGCGCAGAAUCUGUCGCAGAAUUUACAGCAACAGGCGUUGACCAUGGCGGGCACCAUCGCUCAAAAUGGCGGUCUCGCCGGGAUGAACAUGUCCACCAACCAGCAACAGAACUCCCAGAACUCGAUGCUGAGUCCGGGUGCGACCAGCCAAGACUCCCACGACACCAGCCUGACGGAAAAACUCGUCAACGAGCUACAGUCUCGUGCCUCUGCGGCGGGACUUGGAGGUGCAGGAGGCGCCGGCGGAGGAAUGGGCAACAUCAACGAGCGCACCCUCGAGGAAUGCUGGUCCACCCUGCAACGAAUCUUCAUGCACAAGAGCGCGAUGCAGAUGCACGCGAGGGAGCUGGGCGCGGCGGGUGCACUGACGGCUCGACCCGGCGGCGGCAUGGCGGGCGGACUGGCGGGCCUUGGUCCGAUCGGCGUCGGUCCGGGUGGCAUGAUCACCGGGAACGAGGUAAAGCCGCACCAGUGCCAGCAAUGCCUCAAGUCAUUCUCUAGCAACCACCAGCUCGUACAGCACAUUAGGGUCCACACCGGCGAGAAACCGUACAAAUGCAGCUAUUGCGACCGCAGGUUCAAGCAGCUCAGCCAUGUACAACAACAUACCCGCCUGCAUACGGGUGAACGACCAUACAAGUGCCAUCUACCGGAUUGCGGGCGGGCGUUCAUUCAGCUAUCGAAUUUGCAGCAGCACCUUCGAAAUCACGACGCCCAGGUGGAACGGGCGAAGAACCGGCCGUUCCAUUGCAACAUCUGCGGCAAAGGCUUCGCCACAGAAUCCAGCCUUCGUACCCACACGUCGAAGGAGUUGCAACAGCGUGUUGUGUUCCAGCAACACGCCGCCCUGAUCGGCGGCCCGAACGCAACCAGCUGUCCCGUCUGCCACAAACUCUUCCUCGGCGGCGAGGCUCUCAUGGAGCACAUGAAGCACACCCACAAGGACCCGAAUGCUUCCGGCGUUGCCACGAAGCGACGGACCGCCAACCACCCGUGUCCUGUGUGCGGAAAACACUACGUCAACGAGGGUAGUCUUAGGAAGCACCUGGCCUGUCAUCCUGAGACCAAUCAGCUUAGCACAAGCCUCAGGAUGUGGCCGUGCUCGGUGUGCCAAGCCGUCUUCACCCAUGAGAGCGGUUUGUUGAGUCACAUGGAGCACAUGAGAAUGGACCCGAAACAUCAGUUCGCUGCGCAGUACGUUUUGAGCCGCGCGGCCGCUGAGAGGCGGGAGAGAGAAAUCCUCGCGUCUUCGAGUUUAGGUACGGGAUUGGGUGUGUUGGGAAGUCAAACAGGCGGACCUCAAAAUUUGCAACAACCACCGAUGUGUCCAUCGCCGUCGGCUCACUCGGACAGCAGCAGCGGAAAUGGAAGACUAUCGUCGGCCGGUAGUGAACCUGACUUCUGCGCAGGUACCGGUCUGCUGAAUAACAACAAUAACAACAAUAAUAACAAUAUGGCGUCGCCGGGACCCAGUGGCAACAAGCUCAGCGAGAUGCUCCGAACGGGAAGUCAGUCCGGCUCCGCGCAACAGUACCACGACGAGAUGCAGUCGCAGCAACAACGCAUGGCAGUGAUGGCCGCCGUGUCAGCGGGUUUGCAAAAUUCGGUGUCGCCGAAUCUGUCGCCGGUGGACAUGGCGUCUCUGGCGGCGGCCAUGAGAAUGGGCAACAACGGUGACAUGAGCGGCGGCGCGCAAGGAUCGACGGGGCCCCAACAACAAGGUGUGCAAACAACCGGACCAGAACAGACUCUGAGGAUGCACCAGGCGGAAGCUUUGUUGCGCUCUCAGGCCGAAGCCGCGCUCAGACUGGCUGUAUCGCAGGCAGCAGCAGCAGCGGCAAGUUCCGCGGUCGGCGGGGACGUCAGACAUCAUUUAGGACAGCAUAAUGGAGGUAGCACUUCCGGCAUGCCUGGACAUCAUACGAAUCAACAGAUGUCGCAGCAGGACACCUUACCGCCUGACCUUGGGGAAGCGUUGCGCUUGCAAGAACAGCGAUUAGAACAGGCGUUGAGGCUUCACGGCGAUCCGCGCGCGUUGAGUUUUACUCUCCAGCACGUGGUCAACCAACAGAACAAUCAGCAACCCUGAAAAUUCAGUUACUACUGAGACGAGUGGACCCCUUGGACGUCGGAGCAGACGAGCCUGCAGCAGCAAGCUGAACGCCUUAACCAGCAAUCCCUUCAAGCCGCCGACGCUCGCCCAGCGUCGCUCGGCGAUCAGCAGCAGCAAGCUUCGUCCAGCAUUGGUCUUCACCAUCAUCAACAGCAGCAGCAGCAACAGCAACAGCACCAGCAACAGCAGCAGCAGCAUCCCGAAGACCGCGGCGUCAAGAGGAAAGCCGACGACAUGCUCGGUAACUCUGACACCGUGUAAAGAACGACGUACACAGGCGACAAACCAUUGAAAACGUUUGUCGUCCUCUGCGUCGGUUCGAAACACAGGCGUCCAAGUGUGGUCACCCGCGAAAUCACUAGUGUCUCAGCAGUGCAAGCUAGAAUUGUUCCAAAACGCGACGCCCCCGGGUAGCGUCGGCUCCCGGGGCCUUCGCGAAAUCCUAUCAUCAUCGACGCGACGACGUUUGGGUCGGAGCGUCGUGAUCGAUACAACUGUGAAAAAUUCCUUCUCUCCCCGGAGCAGAGAGGAGAGAAACGUCAUACGUAUCUAGAAAUCCGUUAGACGGUGCGUGACGACGGCCGGCGGUGACAAUGGUCUUCUAGCAGCGCGUCUAUUACGUCGCGCUGAUCACGUUGUUCCUACUUGGGUCCUGAAUCCAGAGUUCCUAGAACGACACGGCUAGCCGGAUCGGGCUACCCUCGUUCGCUGCUCGAGCCAGCGACCGACGGUUCUCCGUUUCGCGCGGAAUCGCCAUUUGCUUCGUAGAGUUGCUCUAUCAGAAUUCUCAGGACGCGUUGUCAUCGUUGCUGGCCGGAUUCACCCCUGAAACGUGCCAUAAUAUUAUUUGAAAGAAACUGCUUAACUGACGCGUACCUGGUCGUCCGACUGCUCGGACAAUCGAGGUUCCACGCGAGGUACUAUGGUUUUUUUUAGUACAAGAGCCGUACACACGGUCCGGAUCAGGCUGGGAUAGUGGGGCAUGAAGAACCACGGAAAACCAGCAUGUCCGUCCGAGGCUCAACAAACUAAACUAUAUAUAUAUAUAUAAAUAUAUAUAUAUAUACAUACUUAAAAACCAGUUUAAGGUUCCCUUAAUCUUAGCUCCCGUAACGUUUAAGGCAAAACACACACGUCUGAGACGUGCGUAAACGCGAUCAGGCGUAUCAUCAAACUGCAUACGUACCGCAGCCCCCUUCCCGUUUAUCGGACGAACGCGGAAAUGACGGACGGUCUGAAUUCGCGAUCGCGCGACGUUUCGUCGCCGGUCGUUGCAUUAGUGAUACAUUGUACACAGGGAACACAAGAGAACACAAGACACGUAUUUACAAGAACACAAACAGACACACAACCCAUACACGUAUACAGAGAUACAUACGGCGAAACUUACUUGAGACGUAAGGAUAUAUAAAAAAAUGCGCGCAACUUGUGCUGGUCGGCAGCACGAAAACUAUUAGCUCGUAAGCGGACAAACAAAAUAUAAUUAUUACAAACAGUUAUAUUAUAUAUAUUAUAUAUACAUACAGAGAGUCUGGAGUGUAUGAUGGAGACAGAAAAUGAAAAACGAAAGAACGGGGGCCGUAAGGAUGGCCCGCCGCGAACCUCCUACUGUACACGUUGCACAUUUUCAAGAGAUUCGUCAGAGUGUACGAGCAUUUUUCGCAAGCAUGCACACGCCAGAGACGAGGAGGGAAAAAAAUAUGAAGAGGAGAUGAUGAAAAUGCUGAUGAAAAAUGACGUUGCAGAAAGAGAGAGAGAGAAAUAAAAAACUAAAUGCUAAAUAUUAUAUAUAUUAUAUAUAUAUAUAAAUAUUAUAAAUAAUAAAUAUAGGGUCUAUGAGACUAGGAUAUAAAAUAGGCGAAAGAGAUAUUCGAGAGUGCAUGGAGCCGCGUGCCCGGGCAGUUGUACACGAUCCCAGUGUCGACGAGAGAAUGGGAAGAGAAAAAGAUGGCAGAAGCCCUGAACACGAGAGACAGAGUGAUGGAGGAAGAGAGAGAUAGAGAGAGAAAGAGAGGGAGAGGAAGAGAGAGAGAGUGAGUGUGAGUGAGUACGAGAGCACGUGCAAGAUAUUUCGUGAAUGAACGACCUUGGGAUUGUCGCGUACGUGCACGGGCACACGAUCGAGCGAACGGGAAGCUGUGCGAAUGGGAAUGCUUCGUGAGCAUCAAGGAAGGAGAGAAUGCGAGAAUGGAGCGAGCGAAAGAGAUUUUAGAGUGGCGUGCUUCAGGUAAUCUGAGGUCCUGUGAUCGUUAUAAGCGAAAUAUUUUUUUAUUUCCGGGUAUAAUAAUCUGAACGCGUAAAGAUAAUUGCGUCGUUUCGAACUUUUACUUGCAAUAUACCGUUACGUUCUCGCAAUACUUAGAAAGAAGAAUAAGACGAAGAAGAAGGAGAAGCAGAACAGAGGUGGAUCAAUUAAAGAGCUACGAAGAUGAGGAUGACGAGGGAGAGGAGAGGAAGAAGAACAUAGAAAAUCCGUAGGUUUCACCACGUUGGAGCGAACUUUAGAAACUCGGGCCAGUCCCUUAUCCACCCCCGAACGAAAAAAAAAACCCCCAUCAUUCUCGACCCUUUUCCAAAACCUUUUUCUAAAACUCCUGGACAGUCCGUAUUUUCGAUGGGGUUUCAUUCGACGAGACCGAACGAGAUGGAACGAAAACGUUUACGGUGACACCGCGCUUUAUCUCUUGGAACUCGAAUUCUUAGCCGGAAACAGAACGGAAACACGGUGAUCCGAAAAAAAAUACUCGAGGCACAAAACGAAAACGUAAAAAUGUAAACGUUGAACGGUGACGUCGGAGGCGGUCUCGAACCAAAGAAAAACAAAAAUGGCCAGCAAAAGUAUCGUUGAAAAAAUAAUAAUAAUGAUAAACAUUUUACCUACGACACGUUCGAUUUCUUCGUUUCCUCGACUGGCAAUCGCGAACAUGAAGUGUGCGGAAAUUGAAAAUGGUAGCGUGCCGAAUUUUUUCUUCCCCGUGACAAACAUAUCUCACAUCGAUCGCGUUGUUGUUGUUGUUGUUCCCUUCGGAGAUUCUCGACGAAAUUCUUUCAUCCCCAUUCCCGGAUACCUUACGAUUGCCCCCGUUUUACCACAUUCUGUCCCGAGAUGAAAUUUUUAGAUCCCGGCCUUCGUACAACGAGCAUAUUUAUUUCGAAAGAGAAACAUCGAAACACCCGGGAGAGAGGACGUGGCAGAAAAGAAAAUUCGCAAUUUCUCGGGAAGUCGUUGUACCCCGACUUCUCCGUUCCUUUUUCAGGGGAUCUCUCCCUUCAAUCCUUUUGUUCGCCAAUUAAAAAAAUUAGCCUGACGUCGUCAUCUUCGUUGAACGUAAAAGACACGCGCCAAGAAACCGCCGGAUAGACAGGCUUUUUCACCAUCUGGAACGAGAGAAGAAAAGUUUGCUAAAGGAUUCAUCGUCAAAGCUACAUUUAACGAUUGCACCCGCCUCGCGACCGGAACUCGGAACGACUCGAUCGCAAUAAUUUAAUUCUUCGUGCAUCCGCCGCGUUCGACGAACUCAACCGAAGAAAAUAAAAGAACGACUGUAACUUGGCGUCGAAAAUUUUAAUUUUAACGUACGAACCGGUGACGGGGAAACGAAAUCGUGCAACUUUGGCGAACGGAAAACAGAGACGCGUUUCGGGUUCCGGUGAUGCGCAACGCGGGUCGAUCAUUGGUCGUUCUUAUUAUAACAAGUUUUUGCGUUACAGGGCGUUUUUUCCUCGGAUUAAGUAGUAUGUAAAUACACCUUGAUAUCACAAGCAUAAACUGAGAAUUUACUGAUAAACUUAAAUCGAGUACAUAAUGCGAAAUAGGGUUAGUUUCUAUGUAAAUACCUAAAGCUGGACGAGUGCAUACACCUCGUCCACGCAACCAACGAUAAUCGUUUUUAUCGAACCAGUGCUUCUGUUCGUCGUCGGUGCACGCCCGGUCCGUUGGCGAUCGUCCUUAUGCGACCCGUUCGCCGUCAUUCAUUGCGGCAAAAAAAACACGCGUACGAUCAUCGUGGAGCAUUUUGGGGUCUCCGCGCAUAAGAGCGUUCACCAAGAAAUGGGCGUCGCUGAUCGGGAAGUUUUUUUUUCUCGACACUGAUACACAACCACACGAUUACACAUACACGCUCACGUACACACAGCAUUGCGAUGGAUUGUACAGCUACGAUAGAAUAGAUAAAUAAUAAGCCUAAAGACACAGUCUUCACACACUCGCACCACCGGCACCGACUAGCCUCCAAAUUAGGACAGGGACCAAAAAAGAAAAAAAAAAAAAGAAACAAAGUAACACGUUCGGCGAUCACACAAUUUUUCCGAGAUUUUGUCUUUCGGGUAGACGCGCACACGCGAGAUUCGGCUACGUUCCAGGUAUAUACGUACAAGAACACGGGAACAGAAUUUCUUUUCUUUCGUUUGUUUCGGUAAAGUUGCGGGGCGUGAUUAUCGAGCUCGAAAUUUCUUUUUAAAAGUAGAACAGACACACCGAUGGUCAGACGUUACUCGAGCGCUUAUUGAGAUUCGAUCCGUAGGAGAGAGGUGCGUUGAGUGAAAGAGGAUGACUGAGCGAGUAACUGUGAAAUCGGUACGGAGAUCAGGUUCGUUUCGAUAAUACGCGUGCCGCAAGCACAGAAAAGUAAUUUAACGAAAAAAAACUAAAAGGAAAGCAGAAACGAAUACGCGAAAGUUAAAGCAACACAUUGGCAAGAUGAUAAUUUGUAAUGUACUUUCCAAGACAAACGAAGAGGCAAAAGAUUGUCCACGGUCCCUUGACAAAUCGCAUGCAGAAAAGUAAUAAUAUACGUACAAAGUAACAAAAAAGAAAAUCAUCAAAAAACAAAAUGGUGCACGAAUGUAGGAGCGGAGAAGAAGAAACGAGAAAGAUUUUUUCUUUAAAAAAAAAAUAUAAAAAGCAACAACAUCACCAUCCACUUUUCACCGUCACUAUCGCCGUUAUUAGCAACAAAAUAAAAAAAAAAAAAAUAAUAAUAAAUUAACAACAACAACAAUACAAUUAAACACUAAAACGCCAGCACAAUGUCGAGAUCAUUCGCGACGCGGUCGUGAAACGAUCCCGAGACGACAAGCUUUUCACCGGUGCAUCCUGCCGUGCGCCGAGGGUUGCUUUUUUAUCGCAGCGCGAAACCGAAAGGAACGAGGAUAGACGGACGGGCGAGAAGAAGAACGACGUAUAAUGGAAGGAACAAAAAAUGAAAAAGCAAAAAAAAAAAAUAAAGAAAAAAAAGCGAUCCAAUAAUCGGCCGGCCCGUGCCCCGCGAACGUGUACCAUAAUUAAUAAAAAAAAAAAUUAAACGAAACACACAAUCAAACAAUUACAAUAGCUCUAGUAGUGUAUGUUCUGUAAUCGAAGAAUGAUAAGCAAAGGUUACGAGAUAAAUAACUACAUAAAUAAACAGAAAAAAAAAAAAAUGUGGCGAGCGCGCCCGUCGCAGCUGGCGCGCCGACAGAAAAAAAGCACAAAAAAAUAAUUUACAAAUAUAUUGAUUUACAUAUGCCCGUAACUCGUAAGCGGGCCGGUGGCGCAGCGCGUCCUACCUUCGUCGGAUCAUCGAAAAACGAUUUGCCAGACCCGCUGUGGACGCGACGAAAUGGGGACGAUACACGUCGGGACACGGAACAACGAGGGUAAACGCAAGCGCUCGUCGUACGAAGCUCUGCUCUCUCGACACGCGAGACAAGCUCGAAUCCACGUGGAACGAAAUAUGGCGUAUCCCGUUCGCGGACAAAUGGAGAAUCCGAAGUGAAUCGCAAGAUGAAGAGGCGAGCGACGCGGCGAGUGGCCGAGCCGACUUCGACGGAUUGAUCGGGACACAGAGGGGAGCACGCGUUCUGCAAAACCAGCCCUUACUACUUACCCAUAAUCUUAAUCUCUUUCAUGUAAAUUUGCUAAAUGUUUAAAUAAUCUAAAAAAAUGCCAUAGCCCGGAUGCGCUGGUGUAUACUCCCAGCGCAUACACACUCACAAAUACGACUCGACCUCACGAAUUAAACGCAAAAUCCGCACGGUAUCCGCUCGAACGGCGGCGUGCGGUAGAAUUGGUAUUCUCGCCAAGGAGCAAACAGUUUACAACAAUGCACAACGACAGAUAUCACAGACAAAGCACACACAGUGAAUGAAAACGAAACCGUGGAUCGCGUCUCGCCGCGGCGCCAGUGGGAAGAAGACGUGAAACCCCCGUCGGGCGAGACAGGCCGCGAUCUCGGUCAACGUACAAUGUCAAAGCGAAGUUGCCCUAGUUCUCGAGCGUGCAACCCCGCGCGCUCACACACAUCUCAAUACACAGGCGUACGCGAGUACUUACGCGUACGCGCGUUCGCCUACACAUCUACACCCACGUACAUACACACUAUUUACACUCGAUUACACUCGAAUACACACGCUACGGAUAUGUAAAGCCAAUUGAUUUUGUAAAUUGUCGUUUAAAGAAAGCAGCGGACUUUUAAAAAGAAAUUAUCAAAACAAUAAUAGAAUUCCAGAACGAUUAGAUUCGGCCUCACACUGGUACCUUUUCACGUUAACGUUCAAGAUCGUUAUUGCGGUAAUCGUUUACCAUCUGUUCGGUUUUGGGCAGGUCCGCGCGCGAUCUCGCGCGUCGAUCGCGUCUAGAACCGGACGAACGAAAGCGAUCGAUCCAAAGGAGGAAAAGCACAAAAUUUGAUGAUUACGAAAACAAAACGAAAAAACGAGCAAAAUUCGCGGCCUUUGGCAUACGUUUGGAUGCAGAACCGAUGACGAAAACGACGCCAAUGGCGUCCCCAUGCAUCCCGGACUUGACGCCCACACGAACCCGACAGUAACGGGACAUUCUCUUCGUCGAAGGGUGUCCACACCACGUAGUGGCAGGUUUGCUCGAGGUGCGGAAAUCAACCGUUCCAGAGACGGAACGCGGCACAACAACGAACACCGAAAGAACGAGCAAUUGCGAUACCACCUCGACGCAUAAAAUAAAAAAAAUAAUAAGAGAGACACGAACGCAACCUGUCACGCGCGAUGAAAAAUAACCAAACGAACCAACCAUCAUCCUAAGCAGUUAAGCAACGGCGUUAGAAGAGAGCCGUUGUUCGAAUUCGCGGCUUUACAAGCAAAAACCGUUGAUUUGUUUUCGAUCGGGUUUUAAUUUUUUAAUGAAAUAAUCUCACGACGAAUAUACCACGUACGGUCGCGCGCUCUGAUCGAUCCCCGAGAGUGAGAGAGAGAAGAGAGAGAUAAACGAGGCAUAAGACGAGACACGUAUGUGGAUAUUCGUGGCAGUGUGUAUCAUAAGUGCGCAGCAUAUGAUAAAACCGACAGUCUAGCAGUGCGAGCGCCUCGGCGGCAUUCGCGUCUUCACGCGGUGUCUCUGACCGAGCCUCCGUGAUUAAAAACCGGAAUAAGUUGUUUCAAUGUUCACUAUAUAAAUGAAGAGGCAUAGUUGGCGUGGCGAUGGGGCGCGCGUUCGCCGUCGUCGUUCAUGGCCGAUCACGAACGCGAGCAUUCCCCGCGAACGCGAUAAUUUUCAUCGAGUCGAGCGUUUUCAACAGAGAUCGUCCACCGCGCGACGUAUCCUGGCUAUUCCACAUGCUCAAACAUUCCCAAGUGUGUUCACCGGAACGACAAAUUGUUCGCGUUCCGUUCCGCGGCUAUUCGCGCAAACUUCGGUUUAGAACGGAACGACUAAAUUCUUCGAAAUUCCUCGAUCUUCUUUUCGGCACUUUCGGCGAACGGUUGAAAGAGAAAAAAAUGUCGCGAACGAUCCCGACGCUUUGACAGAGUAGUAACCGUGCCGUAAAUUCGAUCGAAACGCGUCUGAUCGGCGAAUUGAUGGCGACGAACGAGCGAACCCACCGCGCUGGCUCGUUGCUGAAACUCGCGGGGGCCGCUCGGAACCCUCGGUUUUCGCGACGAGUCGAUACUCUUUUCAAAAUAUUCUCCAAAUUUUUCGUUUACGGGAAUGUGUUUUCUUUACCCUGGACCCCUUUUACCAACCCCCCGUAUGCGUGUCCGAGGUAAAAAACCGAGUCCGAACAUCUUUGAUAUGGAAGUAAAAAAAAGAGAAAACAAUAAUCUAAUACGAGUCCAGCUUCGAACAAUAUACAUAUAUAUAUCGGGUCUUGCGAUUUGAAAACGUUUAAAAAUGAUUACGAAACAUGCGAAAUGGAGUUAUUCGCAGCGAUCACAAAUUGGUUUGAGAGAAAACGACAAACACGGUGGAAAAUACGAGGGAAAAAUGUAAUACGACAGAGUCCGUUGAGUGGGUGCCUUCGUCAGGGUUUUCCGUUACAGUUAAACGAACGUUCUCAAGUAUAACUCACAACUAGUAGUACUAUGGUAGAGCAGUAAUUACAGUGUACCGCAGUAAACAGUUAACUAAGUAAGUAUACAGAAAGCACGUGGUCUUUUUCAGUGUUUACAGUCUCGUCAGCCGUGCACCACACGCGAAUCGCGUAGUGGAACGGCUGGAAGUAACGGAUUCAUUUCGUAUCUCCUUCACGACACACCAAUAAAUCCCUGGAUCAUUCGAGAUUUUCGAAUACACUUCCUUGGCCCACGAACUGGCGGUCUAGACUUAAUCCAGCAAAUCAACGAUCAAAAUUCACUUCGAAACGAAAAAGGAAACCCAACACCCCCGUCCACGAGAUCCGACCGCCGUUCUUAACCUGCCCCCGACCCCCAUAAUUUCCAUAUCCAAAUCCCAUUUUCAGUAUUUAACAGAAUAAAUAUGCUAAUAAGUGUAAUAAGUGUCCGUAGUUUAGGCAACGUGUGUACGUUGUAUACUCCGCAUAGGCGAGCGAGAAGGAGGGAUCGUGAGAGGGAGAUUGGCUAGAGGUAGAGAUGAUUGGACGGUGGAGUCAGUCGCAUAUUUAAACUAACAGAUAAUAAUUAAUUAACUACAGUACCGUAACCGUUUGUCAAGUCAAGUUAAUUAACAGUUAACCGUAACCACGCAUACACACAUAAUUAUUAAUUAAACGUACUCGACACAUUCUAUUGUAAGGACAGAAGCGAUAGCGACACCCAUUCCCCCAAAGCGUCGCGUUUUAUUCAAUAAAUCGCGGAGGCACUCACUACGGAGACAAACCAAAGGGCUAUGGGACUCGGACGCGGAUCGGAGGGUGCCUGAACGAGCGUCGCGACGCUCUGGCCGUUACCGGCGAGACACUUCUAACACGAAUUUCCCGGCGAACAUCACCUCGAACGUCGGCACGAGGGAGACGCGCGGCGACGCGCGUUCAGGUUUCCCAUCCCCCCGGUUUUUCAUUAGUCUUUCGAGUACAGCGUUCAGUUAUUUCACUUAUGACGUUGUUUUCAACACAAUACAAAAAUACCCCGCCACCCGUCCCUACAGAUCAAACCAUCCACCAUAUCCUUAUCCCGCGGGUAAUCCUCUCAAAGCCCAAUCCCCCAAAGUUUCACGUGUACGCAUUGUUUCCAAUUUGUUCGCGAGAUCUCAAUUAUGGGUUUCGCGUCCGACGUCGAUCGUGUCCCUCUCUCCACGAAUCAAAAAGUUGCCUGAAAUUCAUCAUCGAUCCGAACACGAACGAUCCACGCUGGAAAUUUGAAUGAACAUUCUUGGAAUUGUUUGGUAAUCGAAUGAAAAUCGUAUUUGAAGAGGUGGAUGUUCGGAAAUUAUUUGAGAAACGGGGGACGAGCGACGUCGAGCAUUGAAAAAAAAAAAAUAAGGCGAUGUUGAGUUUUCAGAUUUAAAACGUUUUACGUACGGUUAAUUACCGAGUAUAACACACAGCGCAGAUUAUCGUUAAUUUUCGGCGCCCGUUUUCGUCGCGUUUUCCAUCGUCUCCGAUGAAGAAGAACCCCAUUAAAUAUCAAACGCAAUUGAGAGAAACCGCGAAGCAAUUGGUGGCAAAAUCGACCACAAUGCGACGAAAAUGUGCGUGCACAGGUUUAAUGGUAUCGAUUGAGUUUGGUCGAAGUCCCCUUUUGGGCACAUUAUACCGACGCACUUCCGACACCCGCAGUCCCGUUGCCGAAUUCAUGCCGAAAGUGGAGCGCAGAGACGCACGGACCGUCCAUUCCGAAAUUCAAUUCUAGUCAGAAAAGGGUACAAAGCUCGUACGACAAAAUCGGUACUUAUUCGUCUUUGAAAAGGACGGUUCGAGCGCGAGCAAAAAGAAAGUCGAACAUCGAGAUCGAUCGGGCGCGACGCGGCCACGAUCGAUCGAAAAUUGGUGAUAGUGAUUGCUAAAAACGGACGGUCCGUGGCGGGCUCUCGAGUGAAAUGGGCCGGCGGGAACGUGCGCGAGAAAAAUAUUCGCGUUGUUGACAAAACACAAGUAGCCUCUUUUCGUUGUAUCAAAAAAAAAACAAUCGGCCAAAGUCCGGUCGAUCCUUGUAUGAGCAAAAACGACACUCUUUCUAAAUCGAAAAAAAAAAAAAGUAUAUGGAUGUACGGUACGAAUGAAUCUUCCGAAAGCUUCGAUGAUAAUAUUGUUGUUGUUUCGUCGAAUUCUUUGUUUUUUUUGUGUAUUUUGUAAAAUUCCUGCCCAUCCACGCUUUCUGGCGAGGGCGCCGGUCGGAUCCUUGUUCGCGGUUCGAACACGAAUUUUGGAAUUUUUUCGAAGGAAGAAGAAGGAAAAAAACUUUGCUUUUUGAUCGAUAGACAGAAAUGGAGAAGAAUGCCGCGCGAUUCGAGGAUCCGACGGCCCAGCGUUUCGACAUCGCAGUUAAUCCAUUAUUAUUACUAUUAUUAUUAUUACUACUACUACUAUUAUCAUCAUUAUUGCUAUUAUUAUCGCUAUUAGUUAUUAAUGAUUAGUUAAUCAUACAGAAAUUGCUAGAGGGCAAUUGGAGGCGUAUUUUUUAGAGAGAAAAUGCAAGAGAAAGAACGAAAGAGAACAAGCCAUAAAAUCGUUCUGUCAUCGAACGAGAUCGCGAUCUUUGAUAAAAAAAAAGAGAAAAUGAAAAUCGAUAGUAAAAGCGUAGUAGCCACGUUUCGAGAUUCUCCUUUUUUCCUGUUUAGUCUUUUCCUUUUUUUUUUUUUAUAUAUAUAUCAAUAAAUACUUGUAUGUAUACACCAACACGCACAUAUAGAUUUAUAUAUAUGUAUACAUAGUUAUACUCGUUAAAUAUUAUAUAUUAUUUGAACACUUAUUUAUACAAGAGCGAAGCCGGUACGCAAACGUUGAACGUAGAAGAAGCGCGUUUCGAACAAUUUGCCAAUGUUCUCGGUCCCCCUAUUCGUUAUAUUAUUCGCAAUUUCGCUCAAAGUGCAAGGAUACCUAAUCGGUACGAAAAUUGUCGCGCGACCCUUUAUCGUUUUCGAUGUCUUCCCUUUACUUUUAACAUUACGUGUAGCAUCGACUGAGAGUUAUAUUAUAUACGCCAACUGACACUCGCGUCGUUUGUUAAGCUUUACUUUUAUCAUUGUAUAUUACUAUUAUUAAUAUUAUUAUUAUUUUAUCGUGGAAGAAAUCCUCGCUUUUUUUCCUCUUUCGAACAAAAAUCGCGCGCGCGCCGAUCGAUCGAAGGAAUCGGACGAAAAUGAAUGAAAAAUUAUCGCGUUACACGUUCCUCUUUGUCCCUUUUGUGUAUACCAUUUAUAUCCUCGUUCGAGUUAGAAGAGUGCCGGCAAUGUUGAAAACGAACGCGAUCUCGGUGCUUCCGUUUAGCAAAUUCAAAACAACGCGCCAUUUCGUCGCCAUUCGUCCACGCAUCAACGACCUAUUUUUCGUGAAACGAAAUAAAAAAGCGCGGAUCAUUUGUUCAAUCGUUCUCGAACAAGGUUCGGUUGUUUUGUUGCUUCGAAAAAAAAACGAAAAAAAUUAGAAAAUUUAAAAGAUAUAUAUUGAACGUUCUCCCGUGCACUCUUCGAUCGCACCUCGCAACGUUUUUGUUCGCCGAUCGUCGCGCGACGAAUCGAUCCCUGUUUCGAUCGAUUCCUAUUUCUGAAUUUAAGGCAAAAUAAAUAGAGAAAUUGUUAAAGAAACGGCGUCGAUCGGCGGAUACAGAACCGCGUCGAGUUACGUUUGCUAGUCAGAAUUGGUUAAAAACGAAGGAUGAAGCGACAAGCUAGGGAUUUUACGAUUAGUUACUGCCUUAUUAAUUAAUCGAUCGUUUAUAUCGUGUAAUUAGCGUUUUAGUUGCGCGGCUCGUGGGUGUUAAUUAAGGUAGAAAGACGGGAAACGUGCACGCGCAGCAGCACGUAUAAACGUAUACAACAAAACUACGGUUCUUUAGUUACUAUUCACGUAGAAAAUGGCGCGCCGGGUCGCCGGAUUUAUGCAAAUUUACAUCGCGAGUUUUUUUAUCGUUUACACGCGUCGGGUCUGCUCAAAGGUCGACGUUUUACUACUACUUUCGUGACUUUCGUGACCGGUUCCAUACAACUCUCGUUCUAUUUUUUCUGUUCGAACGUCUCAACGGUGGACAGGACACUUUUGUUCCGAUUUAUUGUAACCGGCGUACUGCACGCAGACGCGCUAAGUUCUCAUUACUUGUUACUAUUACUGUCGUUAGAAACCAUACACGCAACACCCAUACACACACGUUUAUUCGUUUUUAUUACUUUUAAUAACCGUACUAUAUUAGUUGCUGCUACUAUUAUUAUUACGUCUAGUUAUUAUCAUUACCGUCGUCAUCGUCACAAUGUCAUACACUUCGUCGAUGCGCAAUCGAAGUUAUCCGCUUCUUUUUUCAUGGCAGUAUCGCCGCCGUUAGUUUCUUUCCUUUGAUUACUAUUACUAUUACUAUUAUUAUUAUUAUUAUUAUUAACGUUUAGAAUAAUUUGUCUCGUAUAAAGUGGUUCCUUGACGUCGAGGUUCGCUAUCGACGAUCCCAACUAUAGAGCACCGAUUAUAGAAGUGCGUAUCGUGAGCAACAAAUCUCUGAAAUACGCUGACGAUUGUCACACGAAAUUUAGAACAUGUGCAUUUAUUAAAUAUUAUCGUUACCUAUUAUUGCACCGCCGAUGAGACGGCGAAAAUGCAGAAUCCGGUCGAUCCGGGCACGAUCGGACGACAAAACCUCGAAAAAAAGUUUAUCGAACAUCUACGAAUUGAUUUGGAGAAGUUUUCGAUCGCGUUCAAGGCAUCCUGAAUGGCCGAUCGUGUCCUAGCAUCGAACUGGACCGCGCUUCACGCCUGUUCUCGACAUUAUUAGUUAUCGCUAUUAAUUAUCAUUAGUUAACUCUAUUGCUACUAUUACCACUAUUAUUAGUUAUCGCUAUCGAUUCUUGAUGCGAGCCUACUGUCGAUCGGCGAGAGAUGUAACUGCUUCGAUCGUUCCUCGUCCCGUUUCGUAAUUGAUGAUCGUUGACGAUCGCUUUCUAAACAUCCAGAGUCCAGGAUCAGAAAUCACGAUCCAGAGGAAUCGGGACGGGGAGCGGGCGAUCGAAAGCGUUUCGAAGAAUGGUUUACCAUCCGAAUUGCGAUAACGAGCCGAAGAUACAAAGUUUCUUUGCGAUCCGCGACGACGUCGUCGAAUACGUGCGUGCACGCGACGUCGUCCCGGAAACGAGUGUACACGUUCGAACAAAACCGUAUAUACACGAUAAUCCUCGAAGCGCCGCGUACGUAGUGAGCAGCGUUUACAAAUUUUUCGAAUUUUGGAAAUGGUCGACGCGCAAAAGAAAAGAAAAAAAUAUAUGAAAAAUAUAUCGAAUCCAGAGAACAAGCGAAAAGAGAAUAAAGCGGGAGGAAUAAUAUAGAUGAUGAACGAUAGGAGCAAAAUGUAACAAAAAAAAAAAAACAAAAAAAAAACAAAAAAAAAAAAUGAAGACGAAACGAUAAAUUCACCAGUCUCUUUCGGUUACGAGCGAGUUCCGCAUUGUGUAGGAUUUAUCUCAUUAAUGGUUCUAUGUAUGAUGAUACACGUGAUACAAUAUCUAGGAGAAAGAGCUAAACGUUUUCGAUGAUUGCGAGAAACGGUGAAAUGUACACGAGCAGAAAUUUUUUCGAUAAUCGCGAAUAGCCUUUUUGCGUGACUCGAUUCAAAACGCAUAAUUAUCUAGGAUCUAAACGACGAGCGUUUAUUUUCAUUUUUUACGAUCGUCACACGUACGUUCGUCACCGGGUGCUUCCGUGCGACGGAACGACUUCCGGGCGCGCGCGCGCGCGCUGCCGGAACGAUUUUAAAUUCGAGAAUCUUUCGCUGGGCAGUGUUCGAUGAGAUUAACUACUCGGGUAUCGGAAAAUUGAAAUUUAUCACGGCCAAUUUAUCGCGACGAAUGUUCUCGGAGAGGCUCCACCGUCUCGUCUUCAACGCGCGAAUAAAUUGCGAUCGACGAGCGGUGGAGCGCCUCCGAAAUUAGUCAGAAAUUUGUUUCGACUAUCGUUUGUACUCGUUUGUAUCGGAGCCCCGUUUCGACUCGGUUUCCUCUCAAAUGAUAUUUGUUACGGAAGAAGAGAGCAAAAUUCGACGGUCAUUGAACAUGAAAAAUAACAUCGCGUGGAAACGCUUAAAUUUAAUUUUGAUACUUUGCGGAAACCAGUGGGGAAACUUGGCUACCGAUUCUUCGUUGAGACAUAUCAAAACGAUGUAACUCGAUACCGUUGAGAGAAAAAUAAAAGCGAUUAUUUUCAAGUAUUUAGGAAUAAGGGAAUGGGUAUUCUACAAAAUGGCGUCGAACGAUUGUUAGAUCCGAGCGCAGUGUUUCAGAUACUCAAAACGUAGAUACCAUUGAACACUGUAGAUCAAUAUUUCGCAAUGUAAUCGCGGAUCCAAAACAAGUAUUGUGUAUAAAGCGUCUUUCGGGCUUCCUAUCGACAGCGUGGGGCUCGUUCCAGCUAAAGUUUCGCGGGACCGGAUCGGUUUCGCGUUGCGCAAUAAUUUUUAUCGUAAAAUACACGAAAGCUAACGAUCUCGGAUAAAUCGAUGUCGCGGAACCGAGCGUCAAAACGCGUUGGAACGGAAUUCUUUCAGCGGUCUAUAAUGUAACGAAAUUCUCCGGUGUCCACGUUCCUUUCGAUCGAACGAGCCUGCACGCGAGCCGAGUCAGAAUUAAAAGUCGUUCGAAAUUCGAGUUUCGAGUGGUUCGAAUGAACGGGAACGACGAGAAACUCGGAGCUGCCGUCGAACGCGGGUUGUAAAUAUUCUAACGCGCGUGACGUAGUGUAGAGUAUUGAAUAUACUUUCGCGGUGGCGUAGUAAUUUCUGGUUUUUGCGAGCGCCGUUGGAAGAUUGCUCGUCGAUUCUGGAAGCACGCGAUUGACCGGCCGAAAAUUUUCAAAGUCUUUUCGAACACCGAUGGCAAAAAUAAAGGCUGAUAUGUGUCGCGAGACGGCGAUUAUUGUCGCUGAAAUUUUUGUGCGAAUGUUGUAUGGUGCGAGUGUCGAGCAAAAAAAUAUAAAGGAUAGAAAAAAUUACGGGAAUGAGUUUUAAGCGAAUAAAAAAAAGUCGAGAGCGCGUGUGCAAGAGUGUGCGUUGUACGAAUGGAUUCGCGUGAAUAUGAAGAGCGGGUCGGGACGGAGCGAAUGCGUGUAAAAGUAGCGUGAACGAAAACUAAAAACAAAAUUUUACUACCAAGUGGACUAGAAUCGCAACCGAUGGGCAUUAUUAAGCGAAAAUGAAAUUUUCGGAACGUUUUUUCGACGAAGAAAAGCGUCCAAAAUUGUACCUAUUUUCAUUUUAUAAAUUAUAUAUAUAUAUAUGUAUAUGUAUAUGUAUAUGUAUAGAUAUACGACGACCUAAGCGAUCAUUAUAUUGCAAGAUGUAAUGUGAGAGAAAGGGCGAUAAGAAACGUUGAUGAAGAUUAAGAAAAUGAAGCGAAAGACGAUGAAGGUGAAGAAAAAAAUUAUUGUAUCUAUAUUCGGAGGUGAAUCGAUGAUGUAUUCGAGUCGUGAUUAUUAUUAUUAUUAUUAUUAUUAUUAUUAUUAUAUAUUAUGAUUAUUGUGUAUAGUUAAGGCGAAAAUGGGAUUUUAGACGAAAUUAUCGAACUCGAAGUAUAUAGGGAACGAAUAUAGUGAGAGUAUAAGAGAGAGAGAGUAAGAAAGCGAGAGUACAAGAAGAGAGAAUGCGAGAGUUGCGAGAAAAAUUUUUUGACGGUGAUUGCACACUGUAAUGUCGGCAGGCAACAAAAAAAAGUCCCCCUCCCCUCGAGCAACAAAAAAAAAAAAAACGGCAAAAAUGAAAUAUAGUCAUAGCCAAAAAUGGAAAGGAAAAAAAAAAGAACGAAAUGGUAGAGAGCACAUGCGACGUAAUGAAACAAAAGUUUAAAAACCAAAAACGAUAAAAAAAAUGAUAUCAAUAACGCAUUUCGAGACAAUACAAAACACGCGCAUAGAAGUAACACCACAACGUAGCAGGCAAUAGAGUUUGGGUUCGCUGGAAUGAUUUUUUUUCUUCCCGGUAAAUAUAUAACGAUACAAAAGUUUUUCGUAACGCAAAGGAAAAAGCAAAAAAAUAUAAUAAAGGAGACGACUCAGUCCUUGUUUCUGUUUGUACGACGACCACAACACGAAGAUGAAAUAGCCGAUGAUAAUAACGAGAACAAAAAAAAUACAAUUUUAUCACUAUAUCUAUAUAUAAAAGUAUACAUAUAUGUAUGUAUGUACGCGCGCAUACGUACAUCCGGUGCAAAAGAACGCGAACGCGUACGCGAUGUGCUUCCUCGUUCGUGACAAUGUGGCCCACGUUUAAAUUUCUAUUCCCGACGUAAUCCAUCGCGAUCGUUAACGGAGCAUUUCCGGUUUUCAUUUCAGAACCUUCUAUACCCUUCGAACCGCCAAACGAACGUACAAAACUGAACACGAUUCGGACUUAGUAAAGGGCACAUUGUCGCGUUCCGGGACGAGCAGAGGAGGAGAGGCGACAAUAGAGGCAAAAAUAGAAAAAAAAAUAUAUAAGUGAAACUCGGGCAAAGAGAUGAGAACGAAAAUUUCGAUGAAAACGCGUAGAGACGAGCGCGACAAAAAUCGCGGAAACGAGGCAGUAUACUUUUUUCCCCCCCGAUCGCCAUCGAACCUUGAUCAAACUUCGGUUUCACCCUCGCGAUCGUAGGCGACUGUUAUCGAUUUUCGACGCUCUCGGCACCGCGGAAAAUGUCCCUCGGUCGACGAAUACAUCGAAUCACGCAAACGAGCCUGUUCGGGAAACAAAAAUUCAACUUUCGGUACGCGGAGAACUCAAUUUUUAGAUUGCUAAAUAUAUCUCUGGAUCCCAGAAGAUCGAAAUUCUGAAUCGUGAAAUACAUGUAAUUUUUUAAUCGCGGUAAAUUUAACUGUACAAAUCGUAGAAAAGAACUGUAAUUGUAAUUACUAUAGAACUUGAAUUUUGGAUCGUGAGAAAAUUUACUUUAAAUCGUGAAAAGUAUAGUUUUUGGCUCGUAGAAAGCUACCUUGUUGAUAUGUUGGGGGUUCUCUCAGAAAAAGAAAAGUAUACACUUGAAAGUGAAUUGGCGAUC